GCAUCGGGCACCCAGGCGGAGCGGUGGGCGCCGGGCACCCAGGCGGAGCGGUGGGCGCCGGGCCCUCAGGCGGGGCGGCAGGCACCGGGCCCCCAGGAGGAGCGACGGGUGCCGGGCCCCCAGGCGGAGCGCCGGGCCCUCAGGCGGUGCAGCAGGCACUGGGCCCCCAGCGGCGGGCACCGGGUCAUCAGGCACGACAACGGGCAUCGGGUCACCAGGCAUCAGGUCAUUUGGCUCGCCAGCGGGCACUGCGUCAUCUGGCAAGGCAGUGGGCACCGAGUCACCAGGCACGACAGUGGGUUCCGAGUCAACUGGCAUGACCACGGGCACUGGGUCAGACAUUGGAUCGUCUGGCUCGACAGCGGCAUCGGGUCACCAGGCGUCAGGCUGGGUAGAAACAUCAUGCUGGGUAGAGGCAUCAGGCUGAAUGGAGGCAUCAGGCUGAAUGGAGGCAUCAGGCUGAAUGGAGGCAUCAGGCUGGGUAAAGACAUCAGGCUGAAUUGU